AGGCUGGGGACAAUUUAGUCUGGAAACCGAGAGAGAGAGAGUGCUGCAGUCACACUCCUGUCCAGACGGUGGCAGUAAUGCAAAGUUUUCUGGUUGGUUUACCAACUACCGGAAGUUCACAAGUAAGAACAUUAGAGAGGAGUCCACGUGAAAAGUCUACCGUGUUGCUGUUGUUGAUUCUGUAAGGGUAAUUUCGUCUUCAUAUUUUGCUGUGAUAAACACGGCUUUACGUAAACACUAACCUAACUGAUCUUUAUAUGCUAACUUACUGCAACAAUAUAUAAGUUAAUUCCUCCGUGCAAAAUGCGAAGAAAACAGAGCUCGAAAGCGAAUGUUUUUUUUUUCUUUGGUGUUCCCCUGACUAUAUCGGGAACUCUGGACGGGAUCAUCUCUGGUCCUUUGCUAACAUGAAUCUGGGACUGCCGUUGAGACCUGGCUGUGAUGAAACACACCAGGUACCCCUGAGACUGACAGGGAAAGAAGAGGACAUAAAAGAAGAGGAAUAUGGACAUAUGAUUACAUGCCAGGAUGAAGAAGAAAAGCCCAUUGCAGAUCUUCACUGUAAAACGGAAUUAGACUUCACAGAGUCACUAAGCUCCACUUAUAAUGAAAUACUACAGACAACAGUGGAGGUUAAAGUGAAGAAAGAAGAGGAUGAGGAACAACACAACGAUUGUCUUCUGGAAAGUGCAUCAGAACGACCAGAUGGAACACAACAGAAGCUCCAUGGACAAAAUGAUGAACUCAGCCAGCAACUCAAUGGAAGGCCGUACCACUGCACAGUCUGCAGGGAGAGUUUCACGGUCCUCAGAGAACUCGAGGAACACCAGCAAACCCACGCUUCAAUCCAUCUCAAUCCUAAAACGAGUACUGGGGAUAAGCUUCAUAAAUGUGCUCAAUGUGGAAAAGCAUUUUCAUUCGUUUCAGAUCUUCAAAGACACAUGCGAAUACACUUCGGAGAGAAGCUUCAUGAAUGUACAGAGUGUGGGAAAACAUUUGCACACCUUAAUACCCUCAACAGACAUAUGCUAAUACACCCUGGAGUAAAGCCUCAUGUAUGUGCUCAGUGUGGAAAAGCUUUUUCAUGCAUUUCACGUCUUAAACGACAUUUACUAAUACACUCUGGAGUAAAGCCUCAUGUAUGUGCUCAGUGUGGAAAAGCUUUUUCAUGCAUUUCACGUCUUAAACGACAUAUGCUAAUACACACUGGGGAGAAGCCUCAUAAAUGUGCUCAGUGUGGAAAAGCAUUUUCAAGCAUUUCACGUCUUAAACGACAUAUGCUAAUACACACUGGAGAGAAGUCUCAUAAAUGUGCUCAGUGUGGAAAAGCUUUUUCAUUCGUUUCAGAUCUUCAAAGACACAUACUAAUACACACUGGAGAGAAGCCUCAUGUAUGUGCCCAGUGUGGAAAAGCAUUUUCAUGCGUUUCAAGUCUGAAACGACAUAUGCUAAUACACUCUGGGGAGAAGAGACUAAUACACUCUGGAGUGAAGCCUCAUAAAUGUGCUCAGUGUGGAAAAGCAUUUGCACAGAUUUCAGAUCUUCAAAGACACAUGCGACAACACUCUGGGGAGAGGCCAUAUGCAUGUGUAGAGUGUGGAAAAGCAUACACUAGGUCAGCAGGUCUGAAAUGCCAUCAGCGUUUGCACAGUGAAGAAAAGGCCACGUAAAUGCUUGAAUUCUGAAGUCUGAAGUUUGCAGUUGUCAAUUGCAUAUGUUGAUACUCAUGCCAGUGUGGAAAAACUCCUAAACAAGCUGGGUCUUUAAAACAUCACCUGAUAGUACAUGGCAGUGAAGGUCCACAUAAAUGUACCUGACCUCUUAUAUGUUUACAAUAUAACUCUGUGAUAAAGCAUUGAGAUACAGAUCAAGCCUUAUUGUGCAUGAAUUGAAAGGUACAACAAAAGUCAUAUAUUUUUCUCUCACACACACACA